AUGAUGGUAACCGUCUCGAAAGUGAUCACAUCUGUCAUUUUCUUUGCAAUACUAGGAUAUGCAGUCAAUGAAAGAGAGAACAAAUCUUCAAAGAAGACAUGGCUUAAGUUUGGAUCAAAAACCCGGUAUCAACGGAAAGAGAUCCCAUUUGAAGCGCCCAUAGGUUGCGAUCCUCUUCACAUCAGCAUGGUCAUAAGACAUGGGACGCGCUAUCCUAGCAAAAAGGACGUGAAAAAAAUUGAAAAAAUGCUUGAUGUGAUCAACGAGGAGAUCGAUUCAAACUGGUCUGUUGGAGACCUUCAUCUUCCUUGGAAAAAUCCCUUUUCUCUUGAUCAUGACAAACUUUUGGCAUCCGCUGGAGAAGAAGAAUUGUAUUCUCUCGCCAAAGAAUUUCUGAAACGUUUUCCAAGCUUGCUAUCGCACCCGUAUCAUCCGCAUAACUUCGAUUUCAUCAGUACGGGAACUUCCAGAACAGUACAGAGUGCUAUGGCUUUUGCGUUUGGUUUGUUCGAGGGGCGAGGUAGGCUGGGUGCGAGUGGUUUUCAACCUGUGGCAGUCGAGUCGAAAGAAACUAACAACGAUCAUUUACUUCGCUUUUUUGAUGUAUGCCCAAUGUACAAUGUGAAAGUUGCAGAUAACGACACUGCACUUCAUGAGCACAAAAAGUUUAAACGUGGUAUAGAAAUGGAACGUAUUGGUCAUAAAAUACAACGGCUCAUGUCAAAGCGUCCUGAUAAUCCCCAGACAACUUUCACAGCAGAAACUGUUAUUGGAAUGUACACUGCUUGCAUUUUUGAGGUUGCAAUCUUUAACAGAGAAAAUACUUGGUGCCUCCUUUUUGACAAGGAAGAUUUCUUGACUCUAGAGUACUUAUCAGACUUGAAACAUUAUUGGAAGAGAGGCUAUGGAUACCCAAUAACCUAUCAAAUUGGAUGCCCUUUAUUAGGAAACAUUGUAAGCAGCCUUAAAAAUGCAACAGAUCCAUCUUCAAGUGAGAAAAAGUAUGGCAAUUUUAUGUUUGCCCAUAGUGAGACUCUACAACCUCUUUAUGCCUUGCUUGGAUUAUUCAAAGAUCAAGAGAAACUGAGAGCUGGCAACAUGAAUGUGCACUCUGGGCGCAAAUACAGAACCAGUGAAAUUGUGCCAUUUGGAGCAAACAUUGCAUUUGUUGUAUACAGUUGCAAUGCAGAUGGUAACUCUUGUGGUAAGGAAUCAGAUAGUUACAAAAUGGGGCCUUUCAAAAUCCAAGUAUUUGUUAAUGAAGAGUUGGUAGCUUUGCCUUGUUGUGGUGAACAGAGAGAGUGCCCCCUAGAGACAUUUUUGCAGUGUUUUGACACUAAACAAAAUGGGUCAUGUAACCUGUCAUCAUUAUGCAGCUUGGAAAGCAACAGUGCUGAAAACUAUCAUGGGGAAUUGUGA